ACCUCAGAGGUAUUAAAGACAAAGCUCACCAUGAAGCUGUUUUUGGCUCUGGUGGCAUUCUUUGUGUCUCUCGUCAGAGGUCAGGUGCCUCAUUGGGGUCCGUGUCCAGAACCGGAUGUUCAACCUGCCUUCAACCUCAAACAGUUCAUGGGAAGGUGGUUUGAAAUUGCCAGACUGCCAACACAGUUUGAGAGGGGCCACUGCAUCGAGACCAAUUUCACCUUUAGGACAGACAAAUCCAUCCGAGUGGUCAGCUCAGAAAUACUGAAAGGGGAGGUGAGGAAAAUUGAAGGAACCGGCGUCAUCGAGGAUAUGAAGCAUCCCGCCAAGCUGGGAAUAAGCUACUCUUACGUGCUGCCAUUUGCCCCUUACUGGAUCCUGUCCACCGACUACGUGAACACAGCCCUGGUGUACUCCUGCACGGACAUUCUGCGUCUUUUCCACUUGGACUUUGCUUGGAUCCUGAGCCGUACACGCACCCUACCUCAGUCGACCAUUGACAGCGCCAUGCAGACCUUCGCCAACAACAACAUCGACGUGAUCCGCAUGAUCAACAGCAAUCAACAGGGCUGUGACAAAGAAGCCCCGUGGAGUGAUGACCAGCUACUGUAAUACUUUUGGUUUUAAUGGCACUUAAUUCGGUCGGAAGUAGUGGAUUCAAUAUGGUCUAAUGUAAAAGCAUGCGUCUACGUAUAUAACUGCUUUGACAACAAAAAACUAUAACAACUGAUGAUACAAAUUAUAAUAACAGUUUUACAUUAUUGCUUCGACUUAAUAUCAUGUACAACUCAUCAACUUGUCACAUGCUUAUGGCGUCAAGCAGACACAAAGCUGGCAAUUAAAUCAAAUAAAACCUUUAAAUUCAAUUCAUGUGAGCUCUCUUGUUAACUAUUCCUUAUGAAACAGUAAAGAAAAAUACAAAACAUUUUUUAAAAAGUG